GGACCCAGAUCUUCCAUGGAUUGAAAAAGAAGAGGAGGAACUCGAUCAUCUACAGGUUAAAAAAGAAGAAGAGGAACCAGGACUUCCUCAGAUUAAAGAGGAGGAAAUCUACACCUGGAAGGACAUCAAGCAGGAGACUGAUGCAUUUCUUCAAACUGUGACUGUUGAAACAAUGGACUCAAACCCAGAUGAUGAAGAGCUUCACCUUGGUAACCCUGUGCCGGCCGUGAGUCAGGAACAUCAAAGAGCCUGUGAAGAUUCAGGGUCACAAAGAAAAGAAGACCCUACAUUUACCAAUGGAGUUCAAACAGAUCAGAGGAAGUAUUAUUGUGAUGUAUGUCAAAAAUGUUUCAGACGGAAAAGCAGUUUGACAAGUCACAGGAGGUUUCACGCAGGUGAGAAGCCGCAUUGGUGUGAAAUAUUAUUGAAACAAACUAUAGACAAAAGUAAUUUGAUACAGCACAAGACAAGUCACUCAGAUGAGAUUUAUUCUUGUAAAACAUGUGAGAAAACUUUCAGUUCCAGGAGAAUUUUGACUGUCCACAUGAGGACUCACACAGGUGAGAAGCCUCAUUCUUGUAACACAUGUGGGAAAUGCUUCAGUACGUGUUUUAAUUUGAAUCGUCACAUGAAGAGUCACACGAGCGAGAAGCCGUUUUCCUGUGAAACAUGCGGGACAUGUUUCAGACGCCGUUGUCAUUUGAAUGAUCACUUGAGGACUCACACAGGUGAGAGGCCUUAUUCUUGUAAAACAUGUUCGAAAACAUUUGGUCGCCAAUAUCAUUUAAGUGUCCACAUGAGGACUCACACAGGUGAGAGGCCUUAUUUGUGUAAAGUAUGUGGGAGAACCUUUAUUUACUGCAGUCAGUUGACUGUCCACAUGAGGGGUCACAAAGGCGAGAAGCCUUUUUCCUGUAGCACAUGUGGGAAGGCUUUUUGUCAAAGCAGUCAUUUGAAUGACCACAUGAGGACUCACACAGGUUUUGAGUUGAGUCGUCGCAAGAGGACUCCCUCGUCCAGGAAAAGCCGUAUCUCCUGUGAAACGUGUUUGAGAAGUUUUUCUCAAAGAAGUAAUCUGAUAGCGCACAUGAGGACUCACACAGCUCAGAAGACGUACUUUUGAAAGACGUGGAACUGUUAUGUUGAAGUGCCACAUGGGACAGCGGAGCCACUUUAAUGUUCUUCGGUUGAGUUCAACUGUGGUGCUCCCAUACAUUUACUGCAAAUUUUCCUUUUUUCCUGGUGUAAAAUGUUUUCAGAUCUGUUGGUUUAGUUUUUUUUUUUCUUUCUUUGUAAUCACUGCCUUUUCUCUCAGCUGUGGAGUGUAUGUGAGAGAACAGCCACACCUGAAGUCAGUCAGGCUGAUUGGAGCUGCAGGAUAAAGUGGUGUGCUUGCUGCAGCGUGAAGAGAGUGUGGCGUAUGAGAAGUGAUGGUGUGGGGAGAGCCUUUGUUUUUGCUGAAUUAGCCUCUUGUUUUUCUCUCUGCAGAAGACAUUUUUUUAAGUUCGAUGGACUGAUCAUUUUGUUUUGCUAUUUUUUUUUAUUUUUUUUUAUC